GCGGAGUCUAUGGGCAUUUAAUCAUGUUUGUGCGCUCUGAAGCACACCGACAAACAGUUUACAGCGUAACGUACAUUCGGUCGAUAAGUUGAGGCUGACUAGAGUAUAUUAAAGCCAUGGGUAAAGAUCCUAAUAAGCCAAGAGGGAAGACGUCCUCAUAUGCCUACUUUGUGCAAACUUGCCGGGAAGAACAUAAGAAGAAAAACCCAGGGACUUCUGUGAACUUCUCAGAGUUCUCCAAGAAGUGCUCUGAAAGAUGGAAGACUGUGUCCUCUAAAGAGAAAGGCAAGUUUGAGGACAUGGCCAAAAGUGACAAGGUCCGAUAUGACCGGGAGAUGAAAAACUACAUACCUCCUAAAGGUGUAAAGGGAGGGAAAAAGAAGAAGGACCCGAAUGCUCCUAAGAGACCACCAUCUGCUUUCUUUGUGUUUUGCUCUGAACAUCGCCCAAAGGUGAGGAAUGACAACCCUGGCAUCUCUAUUGGUGAUGUUGCAAAGAAACUUGGGGAGAUGUGGUCCAAGCUUUCCCCAAAGGAAAAGGCUCCACAUGAGCAGAAGGCCAUGAAGCUCAAGGAGAAGUAUGAAAAGGAUGUCGCUGCAUACCGUGCCAAAGGAGUAAAAGAAGAUGGGGCCAAAAAGGGUGGAUCAGGCCGGCCAGUAGGAAAGAAGGUAGAGGUUAUGGAUGAUGAUGAUGAUGACGAUGACGACGAUGUAGAGGAUGAUGAUGAUGAGGACGAGGAUGACGAUGAUGACGACGACGAUGAUGAUUAAACAGGAAAACUUGAGCGGAGUUGUUUGCAAAACAAUGUGAAUGCAUUUUUUUAGCAUUUAAAUGUUCCAAAACAUGUACAGAAAUGUGUAUAAUUGAAUACAUAUUGAGGUCAUGUGCUGUUUUGUAAACGUAACAGCUUUUUGUUUUGUUUUUAAGCACUGCCUUUUGUGUAAUGGCUUUGGUUGCUUUUGGUUUAUCGUUCCAUGUUUGAUAUUUCUACUGCUGUUUUUAAGAAAUGAGGAACCAUUGAACUUAUGCAGUGUCUCAAUUUUUAAACUGAGCUUUAAAAGUUUUGUAGACUGAAGUUUGCUUUUUCUUUUUAUAUAUAUAUAUAAUUACAUUUUGUAUAUUGUGAAUGUUCCACUUGCAUUGAAUGUGUUAUUCUGACUUCAUUUGAAAUUAUUAAAAGAAUUUUGCAGAAUCUGUUCCAU